AUGGUUCAUCACCACGGUUCACCACCAAGAAUUACCACCAAGAAUCACCACCACGGAUCAUCACCACAGAUCACCACCAAGGGUCACCACCAAGGAACACCACCAAGAAUCACCACCAUGGUUUACCACCAUGGUUUACCACCCCGGGUCACAACCACGGAUCAUCACCACAGAUCACCACCAAGGAACACCACCAAGAAUCACCACCAUGGUUUACCACCAUGGUACACCACCACGGGUCACCACCACGGAUCAUCACCACCAAGGGUCACCACCAAGGAACACCACCAAGAAUCACCACCAUGGUUUACCACCAUGGUUCACCACCACGGGUCACCACCACGGAUCAUCACCACAGAUCACCACCAAGGAACACCACCAAAAAUCACCACCAUGGUUCACCACCAUGGAUUACCUUCACUGAUCACACCCAAGGAACACCACCAAGAAUCACCACCAAGGGUCACCACCACAGAUCACCGCCAAGGAACACCAUGGAUCACCACCACGACAAUGCCCUCCACCAUAGAGCAUCACAAUCACGGGGGGCAUCACCACCCUCGCUACGAGCAUAGGAGCUCGCCAUGCAUUACUGUGCGAGACAUUUCCCCAGCGCCGUCUGCACGCCAAUCUCGGCCUAAUGUAUCCCCGCCAUUAGGGGGACAGAGGUCAUAA